AUGGUAUCUCCCAAACAACCCGACGACAUCCCAACGAAGGAGGUGCGCGAUGUGCCGGACUCAGAGGUCAGCUCGUACGCGCCUUCAGAAGCGACACUCAAAGCCGCUCAUCGAAAGAUUGAUAAGCGCCUACUUUGUUGGUAUGCGUUCGUCUACCUAAUCAUGCGUAUUCACGUCAGCAAUAUCUCCAACACGGCGAUUAUGAACCUGGAGCAAGGAACCGGCAUCAAGAAGCAACUUGGCCAUCUCUCAUCCUCACAGUGGGCAUGGGCAUUGAGCAUCUUCUACUACCCGUACAUGUUCUUUGAACCUCUUGCUACGCUCAUGCUGAAGCACUUUACCCCGAGUGUAUGGAUGACUCGGAUUAUGCUCACCUGGGGCAUCAUCUCAAUGUGCCAGGGUGCUACACAAAACUACGCGGGCAUACUGGUAUGCCGGUUCUUCCUUGGUGCUGCUGAGGCUGGCUUCUAUCCUGGUGUUCUGUACCAUCUGAGCUUCUGGUAUCCGACUGAUCGACUACCGCUACGCAUUGCCUUCUUCUAUGCCUGUGGUAUGUUUUCCGGGACGAUAAGCGGAUUAUUAGCCUACGCCAUCUCGUACAUGAACGGUGUCGCAGGUCUUGCUGGGUGGCGCUGGCUCUUCAUUCUUGAAGGAAUACCCGCCAUACUGUGCUCGGUGUACACCUACUUCUACUUGCCAAAUUAUCCUGAAACGGUCGAAUUUCUCACCGAGGAUGAACGCAAAGCUAUACUCGACGACUUGCCGAAGCAAGCACCCACCAUGCGCGCAAAAACGUUCGAUCUUGAGGAGAUCAAGAGCUUAUUCAAGAGUCCGACAUUCUUCCCGUUCCUUAUGAUCUGGAUUACGCACGGAAUAGGUGGUUGGGGUAUUUCGUUCGUGUUGCCGACCGUCAUUUAUGAGCUGGGUAUCUCGAACACGGCGAUCUCGCAAGUCAUGACCAUGCCACCGUUCACACUUGUCUUCGUCAUUCUAUGCGGUCUCGCGUACUUCAUACACACCAAGCGCCUGUCACCCUGGGUCGCUGGUCUCGGCGUCGAGAUUACGCAAAUCAUUUGCUACAUACUCCUCAUUACCGUCAAGAAACCGGUCGCAAAGUACAUCUUUGUCAUGAUCGCAACAGCAGCCUCGCAAUCUUUCUUCGCAAUCAUUUGGCCGGAGCGCAUUCGAGCGGCGAGAGGAACGACGACUGCCGGACUUGCUAUUGGCUUAACGAAUGCCAGUUGCCAGCUUAUGGGCAUUGUUGGCCCGCAAAUUUAUCAGCCGAAGUUCGGUCCGACGUAUCGUGUUAGCUACAUUUGCUCCAUUGCAUUACUCACAUCAUGCUUGGGCGCUGUGUUGACGAGCUGGUUCUUCGUGGUGAGGGAUGAUAAGAAACGGGCUGUGGAGGAGACGCAGGUACGAGAGAUAGUUGCUUGA